AGUCAAAUGCAUCUGCCAAUAAUGAGUAUCUGCAAUCUGUGUGUGGACGACCAACAUUCACAAGCCGCAUCAUCGGUGGGCAGGAUGCUGUCAAGGGGCGCUGGCCUUGGCAGGUCAGCAUACGCCUGGGCAUGGACCACGUCUGUGGUGGUUCCCUCAUCAGUGACCAGUGGAUCCUGACCGCAGCACACUGCAUAACAUCGUCCUGGAGCAGCUUUGCAUUCACUGUAUGGCUGGGCACAGUAAAAGUAGACCAUUCAAGUGACAGCUGGCAAUACUAUGUGUCCAAAGUCGUCAUCCACCCCAAUUUCAGAGAAAAAACUGCAGACAUUGCUUUGUUAAAGCUGUCUUCCCGAGUCAGUUUCACGGCGCUCAUCCUGCCUGUCUGCUUACCCUCUAUCAAAGAGCACUUGCCACUUCCAAGCUCCUGUUGGGUGGCCGGAUGGGGGAGAACACAGGAAUGGGGAGGUCCUGAUUUCUACUCCAUUCUCCAGGAAGUCGAAUUGCCCAUUUUAGACCACAAGGCAUGUGAAAAAAUCUACAACCCAAUCGGUUCCUUUUUUCCAAAUAUGGAACCAAUCAUCAAAGAUGAUAUGAUUUGUACUGGAGAUACUAAGACUAGGAAAGACAGCUGCAAGAAACAAAAAGAAGUCACACAGAGUGAGGUCAGGGUGAUUCUGGAGGCCCUCUGUCAUGCGAUAUUAACGGCAUGUGGAUCCAGAUAGGAGUGAUAAGCUGGGGAAUGGGAUGUGCUUCAACUUUCCCUUCUGUCUACACCAGCGUGAUAUACUACUACAAAUGGAUUAACGCCACUGUUUCAAGAGCUGAGGUCUUGGCCUCCCGGAAUCUGAACAUAUCUGACUUCCUGCUCCCAAUUAUAAUGCUCUCCCUGACUCUCCUAGGACCCUCCCGUGCCCUUUGGGGCUAAUACGACACGGAGGGAGCAGGCAAUGUAACUGAAGCUGUCAGCUGAGUACAAGGCUGGGAAGAGCAUGCCGGAGACCACCCAGGAGUAGAAAACGUACAAGAGGGUCACUGGGAAUCCUGGCUGAUGUCACUGGGCUGAAUGAAAAUGAUUUUAGUUUGUUUUCAUGUUCUUGACCCUGGAAGUAUGUUUCAGUAGUGGGACUGUGAACAGCUAAUAAAUAAAGUUGCCACUUUUAUACACA